UUAUUGGGUUUGAAAACGUACCGGUGUUUCCCGGAAAAUUUGUAAAUUCUGAUUUUAAUCCACACAAAGACAAUAACCAUGACGGACGUGCAAAAAACUCGAGAUGUCUUUCUCUGGUGCAUGUCUGUAAUUUAUUUGUUCGCUUUUGCAUCGUUGUACAUCCAAAUUCCAGGUUUAUAUGGCAACAAUGGAGUUAUACCAGCAGAACUAAAAAUUAAUACAGAAGCGAACUCAUGGCAGGAGUUAUUAGAUGGACAACCAACAUUAUUAAAACUGACACCAAAACUAGGAUUAGACGUACAGACUGGGAUGGAUUUACUAUGUCUGGGUGGAAUCGUCAUCUCGUUGUUCUGUAUGAUAUCUAAAGGUGGUCGAGACAUCGUGUCCUUUACUUUAUUAUGGAUGCUUUAUCUUUCUCUAUACCAGGUUGGUCAAUCUUUCAUGUGGUUUCAAUGGGAUAUAUUAUUGUUAGAGGCAGGGUUUCUAACGAUUCUGAUAGCACCAUUUAAACUGAACAUCCCUGGGUUACGUCUGUCUUCCUAUCAUCGUCAUGAUAAGAUAACAAUGUGGCUGGUGAAAUGGUUAUUGUUCCGUCUGAUGUUCGCGUCUGGUGUGGUGAAACUGACUAGUAAAUGUCCAACAUGGUGGAAACUGACUGCACUUACUCAUCAUUUUGAAACUCAGUGUAUUCCUACUCCAUUAGCCUGGUUCUGUCAUUCGUUUCCUGAUUGGUUUUUAAAACUGUCAGUUGUGGUCACGUACGUUAUCGAGAUACCCAUACCCUUUCUUUUCUUCGCCCCAGCCAGGGGGUUGAGACUGUUUGCCUUCUGGGCACAGGUUUUGUUACAAGUAGCUAUUAUAUUAACAGGGAACUAUAAUUUCUUUAAUCUAUUAACACUAACAUUGUGUGUAUCUUUACUUGAUGAUAAAUUCUUCGGCCAAGUCGAUAAAAAGAAGAAGAAAUCAUCAUGGUCUAUAUUAAGUAUUUUAGCUGGAGUUAUUGCCCCUGUGGUUGUUAUAGGUUACUUAGGGUUUAUGGUAGUUAAAAUGUUUAAGAUACAGCUAAUGAAAGAUAAUACUAUACAUACUGAAAUAGGGUUCAGUGAGAAACAGUUUUUCCAGUGGUUAGAAUUGAUCAUGCCCUAUACCAUUAUAAUUGGAAUUGUAUCAUUAGCUUACGAAGUUUUAAUUACUAUUAUAAGAUGUAUAGUAGAAGAAAAGAAAUCCACCAUGAAAAUUUGGUCUGCUGUUCAAUCUAUAAUAUUUGCUGGUGUAGCAGUAGCCAUGUUUGGUCUCAGUUUAGUACCAUUUACGCGUGGUCUUGACGCCAAGUCAUAUGGUUUAGUAUGGCCGUCUGUACGGGAAUGGCAUUCAAAUCUAGAUACCUUUAGACUAACAGACUCCUAUGGUCUUUUUAGAGUAAUGACUGGUGUUGGAGGCAGACCUGAAGUUGUAAUAGAAGGAAGUUAUUCUAUGGAUAAAGGUUGGAAAGAAUAUGAUUUUCUCUAUAAACCAGGAAACGUGGCCACUCGACCUCCUGUCGUAGCCCCACAUCAACCUCGAUUAGAUUGGCAGAUGUGGUUCGCUGCUCUCGGUAAUUAUCAACAAAAUCCAUGGUUUGUCAACCUCGUCUACAGAUUAUUAACCAAUCAGAAAGAAGUAUUAGAAUUACUGCAUAAUAAUCCAUUUCCUGGCAAACCGCCAAAAUAUAUCCGAGCCACUUUAUACCAUUAUCAUUUUACUACCAGUAAUACUAAAAAUACUAAAUUAUUUUCUAAAAGAAAUUGGUGGAGUAGAGAAAAGAAAUCAGAAUAUAUCUCAAUUUUAUCGAAAGAUGAACCUACCAUGAUGCAAUAUUUAGAACAUGAAGGAAUACUUGGGAAAAAUAAAAUAAAAGUAAAGACAGUGACGUCUGUUAUUGGUAAAGGUGUAAAAUACAUACGAAGUUUAGUGGGACAACCUGAAGGAUUUAAAUUUCUCAUGUCGUUAUUCGGAUCUGGGCUGCUAAUUAACGUUAUUAAUUGUUUUAUUUUUUAAUUAGACUAAAAAAUUUCUCAUAGUAAUACUCACCGUGUUUUGUUGGUAUUUAAACUAAAAUUUUUGUGCAUUAUUAUAGUUAAGCAAAGAUAUUUGUACAUUCUGGUAUGAUUCAAUGUUUGAUAGCAGAUUUGGAUAUUUCAUUUCAUGUUUUUUUGUGAGUUACUCCCCUUCUCAUCCAUGAUCUAACAUAAUUCUUCUUUAAAUCAUGUUCAGUUAAACUUUGCAAAAUUACGUCUAGAUAUUGUCAGAAGAAUAUGAAAUGAAACAAAUUUGUGUUUCAAAGUUUGCAUUUGCACUUUAUCAGCUUGGGAAAUGAUUCAAAAACAUGACCAUGCCAUUUGAAUUUGAAGAAGAAUUCAAAUUGUAAGUAAUCUGCAGGCAAGGCAUAUUAAUUGCUACUUAAGGUGCGAGCACACGAUUGAAUCGUGUGUACCCAUGCUUCUACAACAAGAUUAUUGCGUUCUCGACAGGAUUUAUAAUAUUAAACAAGUUUGAUAAUUGUCUCCGACAGUUUAAUCAUCUGCAAGACAGACCAUCGUCAUCCAAUCAGAUUACUUUUCCUUUCAAUUGCAUGUUCCGCACGAGAUUAUUGACAAGGUGGAAAACAACUGACUGGAGCUUGUGUCGGUCAGUGAAACUCUUUACAAGACAAAAAUCUCCGAACUAGACCGAUUGUAAGCCCGCACCUUUAGAAUGAAGUUUUGAAUCAUACCUGGAUUUGUAUCAAUAUCUUUGUUUAACUAUAUACUUUCAUGUAACUUUAGAGAAAAUACACUUGGUUAAAAAUCCCUUAUGGCAACUCCUUGUAGGUCUUGAAAACUUUCAUCAUUGAUAUUAUACCAACUCUUUAAAGUGUUUAAGUUCUGAUUUUAACUAAUUUAUUUUCUUUUUGACAGUUUUUACUUCUGCUAGUUAUUCACCCUCUAUGUUACUUUACUUAUUUCAUCUCUAAAACAAUUAACCAACUACAAGCCAAGUAUAUUUUCUCAACAUCUUCUCAUUAUAAUUUCAUUGUUUCAUAUUUUGGAGGAUUGAAGCAUAUCUUAAUUAUUGAGCAUUAGUAAGAAUUAAUUACCAGGAUUUUAUUAGCGGCACAACACAAGUUAUUUCCCCUUGUCAUGCACUAGUUACUUCCCUUACAAUUUACUUUUCUUGGUGUAGAUUUUUAAACUGUUCAUUACAUGAUACUAAGCUGUGAACGUGAGGAAAUCAAAUUUGAUUGGUGUUCAAUGAAAUUAUGGGAAUAUUUUAACCUAUGAAAUAAUUUCUCAAAAUUACAAAUUGUUCCUUUUGAGAUAGUACUUUUCAUUGGUCAAAAUGAAGUCACAUGUAAUCAGCAGAGCGUGGAAUUUAGACAAUGACAAAUAGAUAAACAAUUCUUUAUAUACUUUACUUAUUAUUUGUGAACUUUUAACUGUUAACUGAGAAGUCAACUGAGUAUCCAGUUGCACACUGCAUGGUGUGGUCGUUUAGUUUAGGAUGAAUAUGAAGUACAAUAUAAACUGAAGGCAAAAAAUCUCAACCUUUCAGUUGCUUCUACUUUAUUUUCAUGUUAUUUUCUCCAUCGACUUAAUGAACUCGACUUAAUUAACUCUAACGAAGCAUUUUUGAUGUAUUUUUUUUUUGUUUUAAUAAGGUGGAACUUUUUUUGUCCACUUUUAGCAAUAUUUCUUUAUUAAUGUAGUGCUUAUAUUGUUAGUAUUCAUUGUAUGAGAUCUCAGACAGUUCAAAUUUGGAUUGUUUUGUGCUAAGCCAUUAGGCAGCAGAAAGAAAAAUUUUCUCAGUGUAUUUUGUUAGGGUGAUUGACUGUCAUGAUCUGUCGUAUACCAUGCCAAAUGCAUUUGUCUAAAAGCCUUGAAUUAUCUGGACAUGAAACUGUUCCUUAGUAGAUAUGAGGUUUCCAAUGAAUGACUUGUAUGAUCUGAUCUAGUAUUUGUUUUGUCCUAAUUAGUCUUGGUCUUUCAGUCUUCCAAUUAUAUUGUAUAUGACUCUUAUACUGAUGAAUUCUCUUUUAAUUAACAAAACACAAUGGUGACCCACUUUUUGCCUUAAAAUUAAACAAAAAAAAAAGAUAAAUUGUCAUCUAAUUAUUAAUUUUACCAGCUUUACUGUGCUAAAUAGUUAAAACAUUCAAGUUUUCGUGUUUAAUUAUGUCUAUUUGGAUGUUUAUUCUUCACAUUGUUAUAUUUUGGUCUUUUACCAGUCAUAGAAUAGAGAGUUGAUAUUUUGAAUUGUGGUGCAGAAAAAUAGGACAUAAACUCCAUUGUAUUAAACAGAUACACUCUCUGGUAGGCUGGCUCUAUCAGAUAACAAACUAGAUAAGCUCCAAUUCGAGAUAUCUGCAUAACAAGCUCUUAAUUUCCUUUACCUACCUGUUGGCUUGAUAAAUAAAACAACUUGACUAAUUUCGAACUGUAGUAGUUUUUACUGCAUGCAAUAGACAAUUUUUGUGAGAUCUUUACAAUAUCAAUUUUGUAAUAAAAUUACAUUAAAUUUGAA